AUGGCGGUGUUUGGAAGUUUGGAAUCGCUGUAAACAUGUCUAAAGAGAUCAAACAAGUUGUGGAAAAAGUUGUUUUCUUUUCGAGCCAAUACGGAUCAGACAAAUCGAAAAGCUAUACAGCUGCGAAUUUAGCUGGGAAAUUUUACAACUACCCGAACUAUGGCGAUUUCACCCAAGCAUUCGUUUUGAGAUCUUAUGGACCAUGGUGGGAAAUGUCACCAUCAUUCCGAGCCCCUAUUGACAAGUCAAGAAGAAAACUCAACAGUGAGGAUUUUGUUGAUCUUCAAUUUGAAGAGUCUGUAUACCCCACUAAGAUUGAGAUUCUUGAAACCUACAAUCCUGGAGCAGUGGUUGGCGUCUUGGCCCUGGAGUCUGUUAGCUCUUUUUCAAAGUCAAAAAAACCCAGAUGGAGAACUCUGUGGUGUGGAGCUCCUCAAGAUUGAUUAAUUCGGUUGGAGUUCAAUCAAAGUCAUCUCAGCUAUUACACUGAACUUGAUGCCGUUAUUUUGUAUGGAACAGCAACUAGCAAUGACUUUCAGCAUAAGGAAUUGAAAAGUUUAGCAAAAGGUGAUGAUGCACAGGUGUCUAUAACAACAAACUUGUUUGCUCAACUGUCUGUCAAGUCUGGUGAGAAAGAUAAUAAAAAUGGCAGUCAGGGAGAGUUAGGAAACAAUGGAUACUUUGAUAUUUUACCAGUAAGUUUUUUGCCAUCUCUGUUAUAUAAUUACUGGAAAUCUUCUUUUGACAAUUUUUUUUUUCUCUUCUGUAGCUCCACAGUGACAAACGCGGCGGAAUGUAUAUCUUGCUUGACCUCUAAAUGUAGGAAACUGAAAAAGUUGUUUCUUACAGCGCUGAGGUCAGUCAGUGACGAUGUCAUAAAUGCGUUAGCAAAUAACUGCCCUGACUUAGAACAAGUAGAUGUGCUGGGAACUGGUCUCAUUCGUCCCCAUUCUAUCACUAGGUUGUUAAAAGAAUGCAAAAAGUUGCGGUUCCUCGAUGUCUCCUUCUGUUCGCAGUUAUCAAAAGAGUUUGUCGAAAAUUUGCGGUCUAUGUAUCCAGACGUGUCAAUUAAGAAGAGUUUUGUGACGGACGACCCGUUCUGAUAUGUAAGACCCGAUACUGGGUUAACCCUUUAAAGCCUAAGAGUGGAUAGCAUCUAAUUUCUUCUUACAAUAUCACCCACCCCUGAAUCAAAAAUUUAUGGUCACGAGAAUAAAGGAAAUGAUCACCAAUUCGAGGGACUCCUGGUUGUUAAACAAAUUCUCCCCAUCAGCAUCUCAGAAAAUGUAUAGAGAUCAUUAUAGAGAAUAUGCAAACUGAUAUUAGGGUGUAAAGAGUUAAGGCGGAAUUUCCUAAGUUGUCUAUCGGCCGAAUGCCUGAAUUAAUUAUGGUCAUAGAAAAGUAGUCGCCGCUAUUUGGUUACGUGGUAAGCGCUUGAUAAACCACUGAUGCUUCUCCGGUGCACUUCAAUUUACAUUCAAUUCAAUGUAGAAAAGUGUUAAUAAUUUAGCGUGCCGAACAGGCAUAACUUUUGCUUUUAUUAGGCGAACGGAAGUAAACGCGAAGCGCUAGUCACGUACUGGUGAUGAAGCACCAUCGUUCGUGAUCCGCGCUCGUUUCGCACUUGUCUUUGUUCGCCUGAACAAAGACAAAUAACUUUCCGUCUGUUCUGCAGGCUGCUAAUAAUGUGAUUCAUUUUUUAAUAUUGUAAAAUUUAGAUAACUCAGUUAUUUUAAGUUUUAUGUAGCUUAGUGUAGCUUACAAUGUAAAGAAUGCUUAAAACCGCUCUUUAAUCCAUCGAUCAAUAUAAUUUUUAUCCUCUAGGUUUUUAAGUUCUUUUAACGUAUGUACUGUUACUUCAUUAAGUGCUGUAUUAUUUUACCAUUAGCAAACGGCAAACAGAUGCAAUCAUUUUUAGAAAUAGUAAGAAUUAUCAAAUGGCCAUAUCUCACUAUUGAAUUAUUUCUAUGUCGAUCAAGCUUCAAAGGAAUUAGCUUUCUCGCUCAGACAGGAACCACAGAGAGGCAGGGACCUCACGUUUGGCAAUGGAAAAAUUAUUUAUGAAAUUAGAAUAAAAUCGCCAAAAAUAUGAUGCAGAAAAAUUUCAUAAUUUAAAUGUAAUUUUUUCCUUGGCAGAGUAGUCGCGCACAUAGACGACAGACAUGAAGGGUUACUUGUGAUAUGUUAAUUGUUCCAAUUCUAACCUCAUGGCAAUAUAGGUUUAUGUCCCUUUACCUUACAACUCCCAGAAGUGAUGAACAUAUAACUUCUCCCUGUAAUAUCCACCCAUUAUCCAGCAAAAAGUAAUGAGAAUGCACAAAGUUAUCAGGUAGAAAUUGUUAUAUUGAUCUAACACCAAAUUCUUAUGACUGAUUUACAAGGAAAGUUAUAGCAGCUUGAGGGGAGAGUUAACAAUUAGAUCUCGGGAGUUAAGGAGUUAAAUGGCUUUUUUUCGGUGAGCGAACCUCACAUGGAAAAAAGGCUAUUUUUAUAAUUUGUCUAUUUCGACCCAAAUUCAUGUCUGAUUUUGGUUUUGUAUUCUCUGGUUCAGUCGCUGAAGGCAUGACCAUUUUAUUUUCACGUUGAUCGUUGAUAAAAACGUGGCGGAAAGUUUGUAAAGAAACAUUUGCCGUUAUUCUAGUGGAGCUCAAAUAAACAUUUCCCGUGUGAAUAGGCCCGGCCGUCGCCCCGCCCCCCCUCCCAGAGCUCCCGCGUUCGCCUUUGUGCCCCCCCUUCCCUAUACUCCCCGCUUUAAAAGAUACGGCGUAGGCCUUAUUUUCUAGGUCUUGGAACAUGGUAACAGAUUAGUAAAUGAAUAAAACAGAAAUACGCUAAUUCAUUUAGUCAUUUCCAUGACAUUUCAAACAAACUUAUUUGCAACGUUAAGAUUCUGAAUCCCUUUGUCCUUGUUUACCGGCCAGUCCAUCUGUUUCCUUACUCGGAACUGGUUAGAUCAAAUGACCACCACAAACCGUAUAAUAUUAAGCCAAGAUUUAAUAAUUAUUCAAUCUAAGAGAAAUACAUUUAUAAUUCGCAAUUAGAACAAACGCAAAUCAAGUCUUUAUCUUGUAACUAAAUUAAAAAACUUCAAUAUAAACUUACUUCUGCGGCGGUUCGUUACAACAGUCUCACUUUACGGGUUAGCAGAUUCUUCAGGUAAGCGGAUUUAGAGACAGAAAAACGAUAACAAAAUAACUUCUUUCUCACUUCGAUUCUGCUGAAAAACUGACUUAAAACAUAAUAAUCUAACGCUUUUAAAUCAAUCUAUUGAAUUAAUGUCAAUCACGAUUCUUGUCAUCGAAUAAAUCUGUCAACACGA